ACACUUUUCAGUGAUAAUUGUUUCGAAGUUAACUCUAAAAUGACUGGGCUAUUUGAGAUGUAUUGAGGAUGGAAUGGGGGAAUGAUAUGGCCCCUUUCUGGAGAGUAUUUCAUCAAUAUUUUUGUCCGACAAGUUGUCAGAUCUGACAACUUUCUUGGAUUUUGAUUGGCUUAGAAGCAAUGUUGCUAUGGUAACUGUCGGAUAAAACAGGAAUUGUUGGACGUUUUGUUGGCUUUUGCUAACAUGAUGGGGGGGGGGGGAUGGGUUGCCAGGUUGGUUUGACUUAAUGAAAGUGAGCUGCGACGUACUGCGUCCUAACCCCCCCCCCCUUCAUCCCAUAUAGAUCCGCCACUGUUCUGCUUGCGACCCUCGUCAACAGGGAAAGGGGGGCGGUGGAAAUUUUAUCCCCUUCCACUUUUAGGGAUCCCAGGGGGGGGGGGUAAACCCCUAACCCUCACGAUCCACCGCCGCAAUCUAUAUCAAUGUUCGCAAAAACAAAUAAUAGUAUUAUUGAUAUUACAACGAUAUUUAUCCACCGAUUCAAAGUUGUUAGACUCUGGACCGCACAUUUCAGUUGCAUGCUAUUUCAAGAGCAAAUUACACCCACCACUUGAUGUUUUCCGAAAGAUUAGAGAAACGUGUACUGGUUCUACUCAAACCAAUCAGCAGAUCGACAAUUCCUUUUUAACCAUUUGGACCACCAUCAUCAUCAUCGUCGUCUAUCCAUCAUGGCGAAACGAGCACCGGCAAAGAGGGUAGCAGUGAUCGGGGCUGGUCCGUCCGGUUUGACGGCGAUCAAGGCAUGUCUGGAAGAGGGUCUCGAACCGGUGUGCUUCGAGAAGACCAACACCCUCGGGGGCCUGUGGUACUACCGGGAGGACCGGACCGAGCUUUCGUGUGUGUUCCGUUCCACCAUCAUCAACACCAGUAAAGAGACGAUGUGUUUCAGUGACUACCCCAUCCCCGACGACUGGCCAAAUUUUCUACACAACAUUAAAGUGCUAGAGUAUUUCAAGAAUUAUGCCGUUCACUUCGGGCUGUUGCGAUACAUCACAUACAAGACCAAAGUGAACACCAUUCUCCCCGCCGACGAUUUCGACUUGACUGGGCGAUGGAAGCUGUCGCUGACGACCACGGAUGACGGGGCGACGAGGGACGAGAUAUUCGAUGCCGUGUUCAUAUGUACUGGUCACCAUUGCACUCCGAACAUUCCAAAGUUCGUGGGAAUGAAUGACUUCAAGGGAGAGGUACUCCACACUCAUGAUUAUCUCAUCCCUGAUAAAUACCGAGGAAAACGGAUCGUGGUCGUCGGCAUGGGAAACUCUGGGGUCGAUGCGGCGGUUGAGCUCGGUAGAGUGGCUUCAAAGUUAUUCUUGAGCACGAGGAGUGGAGCCUGGAUCACUCUUAGAAUGGUCGAUAGAUGUUUACCUGGUGAUCUAGUGAAUAGAUUUAAUAGAUCAUACCCUCUCUGGCUUCAAGACUACUACGCUAGGGCCAUUAGCAUGAAUCGCGUUGACCAUGAAUUCCUCGGCAUUAAGCCCAACUUCAGCAUCACCGCCGCCCAUCCUACCGUCAACGAUGACCUCCCCGGCUGCAUCGCCAGCGGCUUCGUCAACAUCAAGCCCAACGUCCGUCGAUUCACGGAAAGGGGCGUGGUCUUCGAUGACGGCUCUGAAGAAGCUCUCGACUUGGUCGUCCUCGCAACGGGAUACAAGAUCGCCUUCCCUUACAUUCCACAGAGCGUCCUCCCUAUCAAUGAUAACCAUGUGGAGAUGUAUAAGUUUGUGUUUAACCCAGAGCACAAGCACCCAACAAUGGCCGUGUUGGGCAUGGUUCAACCCAUUGGGCCCAUAAUGCCCGUGUCUGAGCUCCAAGCCCGCUGGGCUUCUAGAGUCUUUAAAGGUAUCAACCAACUGCCUUCUAGGGAAGUCAUGACGAAACGAAUUAAGAAGAGAAACGACGACAUGGCAAAAAGAUACAAGAAAUCUCCAAGACACACAAUUCAGGUUGACGUAUUGCCAUACAUGGACGAAGUCGCUAGAGAGAUCAAAGCCAAGCCUAACUUCUUCUGGCUCCUUCUGACCGACCCGGUCCUGGCCUACCACUAUCUGUUCUCACCCUUCAUCCCAGCCCAGUACCGCGUGGCUGGCCCCCAUCCUUGGUCCAGGGCCAGGAAGCACAUGAUGACCGUCUGGCCCAGGAUCAUGAGGCCUUACAAGACCAGGCACGGCGGGAACGAGUCUAUGAAGAUAUUUGAGAGCCAAAGGUCAGGGUUCGGCUUCCUCAAGUUUUUCUUGUUGCUUGGAGCCAUCAGCACCUGCGGUUUGGCAUUGUACCGUCGACCGACAUGGCUCGGGCAAACGAUCGAUGUGGCCCUGGCUUUCUUCAGACGCUAGUUUGCAGGAAGAUUACACAUUCCGAUGGCACCAGGAUAUUUUGAUUGGGGAAGGGAGGGUGGUGGCGGUGGAUGCAAGGGCAAGGUGCCCUUGAUGUAUGUCUAUACGUUUCCCCAUCAUUUUGGAUUGCUUGAAAAUGAUUGUGAUGGAUUGACCUAAACGUCCACGUCCACCCUCCCCCGUGUGGCGCCAACCUUGUCGAAUAAAUAUAUUUUGACAUUUUGAAAGACAGUAUUUGAUAGCUCAAUAUUUUUUGCUUUUGUUUGCCGGUUUUGCUCGCUUUUUUAUUGAUAUGCUGACAACUGUUGAGGAUGAUAGCACUGAUACACCAUGUUUUCCAUUUAUUUUAUGUACGAUAAAAAGCCAUGUUUAUGCUCUAGGGCAUAAGUUACCUUGAUGGGAGUCGAACCCCUAAUUAUGUCACUUUAAACCACACGACGACCCUCCACCAAUCGGGAUGUUUUUCAUGGCACUAUCUACUGCAAACUUUAGUUGAUUUUUUUUUUGGAUAUGAAGUGCGUAAUGGAUUCAAAACUCCUGAACAUUUAUUUCAAAUUGUAAAAAAACUACGAGAGAUGCGUAUGCAUAUGGGGUGUCAUGGUUAGAUAAUGGUCACAGGUCAUUGAUACUUGCCUUUUUUAACACCUGUCUCAGAAAAUAAUUCUGGAUUUGUGACAAAAAACAAGUCAAUAAUUGAGCAUGAAUUUUGAGUGAUACGGGUAGGUACGUCAAUCAAUUUAGAUCAUGUAACUCAAAUAGGAAUUGUAAUUUGUCUGAAUUUGUAUAUGUUAUGUCACACAUGAAGUUGCAAUUAAAAUCUGCAAAAAAUAGCGCCACAUGACAUGUAGGUCUAUCAAGUUUCUCAAAUUAAUCUAUUGUCGAAAUCGGUGGUCUAAUUUUUCGAACCUACUAUAUAUAUAGUUCAUGUAGUAGGUUCGAAAUCGGAGUUUUGUGUGGAUGACACAGACAGAGCUCCACAAACAAACAUUUCAGGUCAUCACAGUUCAAAUCAUGACUUUGUUUGAAAUCAUAGGACCUACUUAUUUGUGAUUGGUAUAGUGAAUCUUUACUGGGUGUUUCAUAAAGCUGUUCGUAAGUUAACAGCAACUUUAAGAACGACUGGUGAUCCUUUAUUGUGGUAAAUGGUAUAUUCAUUGGCGAUGGUUAAGCGCAUGAGAAAGGUUCACCAGUCGUUCUUAAAGAGCCACGGGACAACACAUCCCCUACCAGACAGUCACAGCUCUUUCGACACACCAUGAUGAUCGGAGAUUACCCAUAGCAACCGAUAUCAAGAAAGACAUAUCGUCCCAAGAAGGCGGUCUCUGUUACCAACUCAAUCCUUUCUGCUUUACAUACUGGAUGAUACUUCGCGCUCUUGAUUUCGAUGUAUCUCUCGUUCCCGGUGACUAUCUUCACUACAACAAUAUCCACGUCAUGGUGAUUGUUGAAAACCUUACCAAUCAAGGUUCCCGGCAUUUGUUCGAUGUUGGAAUGGGUUAUCCGAUACUUCGAUUGAUUCCUCUCGAUUUCGAGAAGGUAUCGCCUGUAUACUUCGACUCCUACAUGCAGUAUCGAUUCUUGCGUCAAGGACAGGCGUGGUCUAUUGGUUACGACUCUCGUCUUUCAAUCAGAGGGACGUGGCUUCGAAUCCCAGCCAUGACAUGUUUUCCUUCAGCAAGAAAUUUACCCACAUUAUGCUGCACUCGACCCAGGUGAGGUGAAUGGUAGCCGGUAGGAUUUAUUCUUUGAAUGCUUUAGCGCCUAUAUGGCCGCUCAGCUACAGCCGGGCUAAUAAUGAUACCAAGUAUCAAGCGCAGUAGAGUAUAUGCAAUUAUAGUAGCUGCGCUAUAUAAAUGGACCAUAUUAUUAUUAUUAUAAUCUACCAGUUCAGCGAAGAAUGCAGCCCAUCAGAUGCGGCCAUACCUACGGGCGUGACAUCCAGGAUGGCUGGGUGUCGUUGAUUUACAUUCGUCCUCAUCGACCGAUCACCACAUCCAACUUCGACUUGAGAAUGACAAAGGUCUUCACAGAGGUAGAUCAGCGUCUAUACUUUCUUACCACUGCGUUGCCUGACCUACCCCAACGGUCGGAUCGUCUGCAUCAAUGAUUACAAACUACUGCUAGAAGAUGACGAGCGCCGGGUUCAGGUUACGCGCUUCCGGUCACGUGACGAGAUUUUGAACGCGAUUUGCCCGGUAUUUUCCUCAGUUUCCAGGAGACGUGGUUAACGAUGCCAUAGAUAAUGCAAAACUUGAGAUUGAUAGUGUCGAUUGAAUUACAAGUAGGGAUUUUUAAAAUGUAAGAGCUAAUUUUGCUUCAAGAUGUCAACCCACACUUUGACACUCUCCACCCAGGGGCUAAAUGGAAACUCAGUAGAAUAUUAUGAAAGUCAUGGAAGGUUGUCUAGCAUUUGGAGCGCCAUCACCAGGGAGUAUAGUAUACACAUAUUCAAUGUUGAUGAAAUAUGUGCUAUACAUUGUGUGCACGAAUGAACAAUUGAAUCAGGUGACCGGGGUAAUAAUACAUUUAUAAGAUAGGUGCAGAUAUAUUCUCAUAAAAAUUAAAGACAUACCUAUAGAUUUAAAAAAUGAUUAAAAAUUGCAUAAAUUUCAUAUAAACGCUGUUGAAAUGUCCCAGAAGAUGUGUUACAAGAAUAGGAUAAGUGUAUAUCAACCCACUUAUAUUUCUAUUUCCCUCUAAAUAUCAAUUGAUUUCAAUUUCAACCUAAAUACCAAAAACUAUUUUCAAUUU